AUAGAUGAUCUGGUGGCUCCCUGGAGUGUGGGGGUGUUCGAGGUGGCAGUGGACGACCAGGACGCUAACGUGACGCAGACGCAGCUCUCCAGGGUGGUCGACGAGGCUCGGCGGCUGCGGCAGGUGUCAUGGUGCGUGACGGUUAUGGUGGUGAGCGACGACUCGGUCUUCCUCGCAGCCUUCGCAGAGUGGUCCCUGAAGGGCCGCCUCCUGGAGUGGUCGACGAGGCUCCUCAUCGUCACCCGCCUGCCCCUCCAGGAGCUUCACCAUCUAUACAAGUUACUCUCCAUGACCAACUCCAUGUUACUGAUCGUGGAGAGCGCUUGCGAAAACCAUAAAUGCAGCUUGUACCUCCGCCUGCCCUAUACAUCCCUGGAAGCCCGGGGUCUGAGAGUUGCAUCCUGGACUCCCCACCGAGGCUUGGUCCUCACAACCCAACUCCCGCUCUUCCCUCAUAAGUUCACAAGAUUUCUUCAGCGGCCAGACCUUGUGGUGGCGUCCGAGAAAAGUCCUAUGAAUUUCGUAACUACUAUAGAUGCUCACGAGGACUGCGGAAGCCAGAGGUUUAUCAUUACAGGACCUGUGAAUACGUUGGUCGACUACCUUGCCAAGGCCCUCAACUUCUCGUAUACAUAUGUGCGGCCUCCUGAUGGGUCUUGGGGUAAAAGGUACAAGAACGGGUCAUGGUCCGGCAUGGUGGGAAUGGUGGUCAGGAAGGAAGCAGAUAUCGGCGCUGGCCCUUUCAGUGUGAGCGGGACCCGGGCUCAUGUGAUUGACUACACUACACCUAUGUUAGUGGAGUACAGUAGGAUGUUUGGUGGUCGAGGACUGCCCUUGGUGGACCCGUGGGGCUUCCUGCUACCGUUGGCACCUCUGGUAUGGGCAGGCAUCCUGACAGCGCUACUGGUGUUACCUCUUAUGGUAUUCCUGCUUCACUACUGGUUCUCCAAGAUGAUUAAUGGUCAAGAUGGGUGGUCAAAGAUUACCUUCACAUUCCUUCGCAUAUUGUUCCAGCAAGUUAAGUUAAAGUUAAAACUGAUUUUUGCUGAGGGAUGUGUGUUGGUUCAGGCUGUUGACAUAAGUUUCCCAUUCAUCUUGUCUGAAUUCAUUUACACGUUCCCUAGUGGAAGCAAGGGAGGCUUAUGCAAGUGUAACAAUUGA